UGCAUUCCAAAAGGAAUUUGCUUGGUUACCAAAGAUCUUUGGUUGUUACUGAUACUUGACUGAUACUAUCAAACAACGUGUUUUAUCUGUAUGAAAUAAAGCGUUUUAUGUGAUUCGAGCGUGUCAACAGAAGUUUUAAUUUUCUCUCUUAGUUGUUUCGUUACAGCUACAAGUACACAAUCGUAACAAUGAGUGAUUACGAGUCAUUACGGGAUAGUCCACUUGCAGACAGAAAUGGGUCAGUCUCUCGCCUAAAGUCACGAUCCCGGAGUCCACUCUACCGAAGCUCACGAUCAAGAUCACCUUCGAGGGGCAGAUCACGGUCAAGAUCAGAUGACAGACGAUAUGAUUCACAGCCAUAUUCCAGAAGAAGGAGCUAUUCCAGAUCCUGUUCUCGCUCUCCCUACUCGCGACGCCAUCGUAGCCGUAGUCGGUCUCCAAUGUCAAAUAGGCGCAGGCACAUGGGCAGCAGGGACAAUCCCUCUGCGAGCCGUUGCCUUGGUGUGUUCGGCCUGUCUCUGUACACAGAAGAGCGUGACUUGAGGGAUAUAUUUAGUCGCUACGGACCCAUGGACGACUGCAAUAUCAUCUAUGAUCAUGGAUCGGGCAGGUCACGUGGGUUUGCAUUCAUCACAUUCAGAGACGUUGAAGAUGCAGAAGAGGCAAAGGAAAAGUGUUCUGGAAUCGAAGUUGAUGGACGCCGAAUCCGUGUUGACUAUUCCAUCACUCAGCGGGCUCACACGCCCACUCCUGGCGUCUACAUGGGUCAGUCAAAUCGUCACACCAGGCGGAGCCCUUCACCCUCCUACCGAAGGCGUGGCUACUCGCGUUCAAGGUCCAGGUCAUACUCACCACGCCGCUACUGAUGUGUAGCAGAGUUAAGUGUGUGGUGCUGUGCACACGGCUGUGUGGUGGCUUUUGUUGGGAGUAUAGACGUCUGCCUAACCGCUCAUCUAAGAGGCAUUCCUGUACUCUAGAGUGAAUAAGUAACAGUAUAUGGAGAUGGACUAGGAGAUCCAUGUACAUCUUUUUUUUUUGUCAGAAAUAAUUAGUUUUAAGGGGUGUGUACUGUAGUUCCCCCCAAAGGAAUGUAUAAUUUUUCAUUAAGAGGUAUAGAAUAUAUUCACAUAACCGACUGGAGAAGUCAUAGACAUUCCUACAGUUAUUCAGUUCAUAAAUGUCACAUUGAUUCUACCUAAGCUUUCUUAUGACUAGUUAAGAUUAUAUGUUGAUAUAGUAAUUGAUUUGUGUAUCGUCAGUGGUCUAGGUGGUAGCAUACGCGUUAUGUGUAGCAAAUAUGAUUGUUAGUAUUAACUCUAAAGGAAGAGCAGAGGAGAGAGGAAGGGAAAAGACCUGUUGUAGGCUGUAGGAUGUAAGUGAGCAGUAAACUAAAGUCUUGCUAGUCAGCUGUUUUCACUAGGCUCUGCAUGGUUCCAUGGAAAUGAUGCUUAUGUGAGCUUGUCUGUUUGUGCUAUUAGCGAAUGAACACACGUGUUCACACCCAUGUGUGCACAUGCUCGCACACACACACCAUGCUCGCACACACACACAUGUAUGUGUAGCAAAUGCUCUUAAUAUUGGUUCGAAUAAGACUUGUGUCAUGUGUAUGUGGAGAUGAAACUAGUGAUAAUAUUUGUUGAACUAAUAUAAAGUUCUGUGUGUAGCGAGCUGUGCAUUAACACUGCGACAACUCUCUGACUGCAUGUUUGUUGCUGCCAUGAAUGCUGGUGCUGUGGCUACGGGUUUCUUUCAUAUCAUGUGGCUACGGUUUUCUUUCAUAUGAAUUUUAAAUAGCUUGAACUUUUACGAUGUAAAAGCUUCCAGACACAUUUACACUUUCCGCAGUGCCGUUUAUAAAUGUGGACCAGCCUGAUGCUGAUUCGACCGUCGUUUGCCUCAGUGUAGUGAUGCAGUUUUCACGCCAAUAUGUGACGUGAACUUUAUGCUUAUUCCUGGAACCGCUGGUAGAGUAUUUGGUCAAGACGUGGAACGUGUUAGAUUAAAGCGAGUCUCCACAUGGUCAUCUCUGAUGUGUGUUUGUUGAGCACAAAUCGAUACAGAGUGCGAAAAUAAAUACAGUUGCUUUCGUUGCAUUUCCCUCAGUAA